AUGGCAGGCCAAAAGCCAGCCCCCCGCCCCAAGGGCACGAAUGUUGGGUUCGGGAAGGAAAACGUCAAGCCUGGUCGCCCCACCACCGAAGAAUCAGCGCAAGCACGCAAAGAUAGACUUGCUAGAAGGGUGGCUACACGCGAUAUGGCUAGGAAGAAGCAGCAACAGCCGGCCCCAGCUGCCGCCCCGUCAAAAGUCGUCAUGCUGAGCAGGGAGGAGAUAAUCGCCAGAACUACAGCGGUGUUUGAUGUGGCUAUGGAAGAAGCUCGGAAGAGGGGCCCACCUGCCAACCGGCCGUCAGGCAUUAGCCCUAGCGUUGCAAUGGCAGCGCUUGAAGAGAUAGAGCGUGAACGGGCAAGCGAAGAGUCUGGAGACGACUCGGAUGUGCUGAGCAAGGAGGAUAAAAUCGCCAGAACUAGAUCUGUGUCUGAUGCAGCUAUGGAAAAGCCGACGGCCCCAGCCGCCACCCAGCCAAAAGAGUUCGGCCCUGAUAUUAUAAGGGCAGCGAUUGGAAAGAAGGCGAACGAGCUAAGCGCGGAGGAGAUAAACGCUUUAACCAAAGCUAUGUUCGAUGCGGCUACGGAAAAAGCGUGGAAGAUGGCCCCAACCGCCAACCGGCCGCCAGGCACCAGUCCUGAUGUUGCAAUGGCAGCUCUUGAGGAGAUAGAGCGUGAAUUGACGUGGUCUGACUCGGAAGAUGAUAGCUAA